AUGCACUUCUCUCACCUUAAAAUUGUAGCAGGAAUUGGGAAAACAGGGAAAUUAUUUGUUCCGCUCGUAAAUAUAAUGGCAUUGGCUGGUAAACUUUGUUUACUGUGUCAACUGAAUCAUAAAUAUUCUAAAACUGUUCAUCGCUUUUCUUCAACAUGGAAAAAGCGGCUAAUCAAGCAAGAAGAGAUCAAAGAAACCGUAUAUCAGUUUACGGUUGAAAAUGCUACUAAGCUGAAUGAGAGAAUUUAUGUAUGGGGUUUUGCAGCCACAGGAGCUCUUGGUAUCAAAUCUUAUUUACGACCUCAGAAGAAACAACAACCAAUUUCUUGCAUGAACCGACCAGCACAGCUGAAAUUUUUUGAUUCCAAUCGCAUGAAGGUAAAUUUCUUUCUUUAUUUUUUUUUUUUUUCCUUUUUUCCUUUUUUCUUUUUUCCCUUUUUUCUUUUUUUCCUUUUCCUUUUUUCUUUUUUCUUUUUUUCCUUCUUUUCCUUUUUCUUUUUUUCCUUCUUUUCCUUUUUUCUUUUUUCCUUCUUUUCCUUUUUUCUUUUUUCCUUCUUUUCCUUUUUUCUUUCUUUUUUUAAUUUUUUCUUUUACUAUUUUCUUUUUUACCUUUUUCUUUUUUCCCUUUUUUUCCUUUUUAUCUUUUUUCUUUUUCUUUCUUUUUUUUUAGUUCAGAAUGUAGCCUGUGGUUAUGGCUUUACACUAUUUUUGGCAAAUCAUAAAGGAUCUCAAGAAGUAUUAGGAACUGGAAUCAACACUGACUCCCAAGUUGGCUACCAUCCUGUGGACCAUAAGUCGGAAAGGUAUUUAAAUUAUAUUAUUGAGCCAGCAAAGAUUGAUCUACCUCUGCUUCACCCAAGUAAGACCAAAGUUUUAAGUAUGGAUGGAGGUCGCGCACACACAGUUUUACUAACAGACACUGAAGGAGUUUUUAGUUUUGGAAAUAAUGCAUAUGGUCAGUGUGGUCGAUCUAUCAUUGAAAAUGAAAAAUACAGUGGAAAUGCUACUAUCCAUAAAAUAAAAGAAUUGCCAGAUGACGUUAUUGAAGUUAUCUGUGGACAAGACCAUACACUUUUCCUUACCAAAACUGGAACUGUUUACAGCUGUGGUCUGGGUUCAGAUGGGCAGACUGGCUUGGGUCAUUAUCAAAGUAUUGGUCAAGCAUCUCAAGUGAAAGGGGCAAUUGAAGGAGAAAAGAUUGUCCAGAUUGCUUGUUCCGGUGAUUGUGUGCUUGCACUGUCAGAUAAGGGUGAUGUAUUUGGUUGGGGCAAUUCUGAAUACAACCAGUUGGCCCUCAUCACAGACCACACCCAAGUAAAUGUCCCCAAAAACAUUCCAAUAUCUGCUUCUUGUGGAAAAAUUAUUAAAGUUGCUUCAGGAGGUUCCAUCUGUGGAUUUCUUAAUGAAAGUGGUGAAGUUUUUACGUGGGGUUAUGGUAUUCUGGGUUUGGGACCCAAUGUGCAGGCAACCACAACCCCAACAAAAUUACCUUCACCAUUAUUUGGAGCAAAUGAAAUUGAUGUUGGAAAGAAAGUUGUUAAUCUGAAAUGUGGUGUUUACCACUUUGCAGCUAUUACAAAUCAUGGUGAUUUGUACAUGUGGGGCAAAAAUAAAUUUGGCAAUUUAGGUUUUGCUCACCAUAAAGAUCAAUUCUUCCCCUGGCGGGUGUCUGUUCCUUCUGAAGUGUUGGAUGUUUGGUGCGGAGUUGAUCACACAGUGGCUCGGUGCCUUCCUUUUUCUUGA